AUGGCAAUAAACGCUACGAAAGCGGUUUUAAAACAAGGGAAAAGUGUUCUCUUAAUAUGUGAUAUGCAAGAAAAAUUCGCUAAAGCUAUGUUUGAAUUUGAAAAAAUUACACAAAAUUCAGUAAAACUGAUAAAUGCAUUAAAGCUUUUAAAUGUUCCUAUUAUUGUUUCUGAACAAAAUCCAAAGGCUUUGGGUAAAACUAUUUCAGAACUUGAUAUUUCUGGUGUUAAAGGGCCAUUUGAAAAGACUCAAUUUAGUAUGUGUACUCCUGAGAUAAACAAGGAACUUUCUAUAAUUUGCUCUGGAGAAAAACCAGAUUCAGUUAUUCUCAUUGGAAUUGAAGCCCACGUGUGCAUAGAGAAUACAGCAAUUGACUUAAGACAAAGCGGUUAUGAAGUACAUACUGUUGCAGAUUGUUGUACCUCGCGUACCCAAGAAGACAGAUUAUUGGCCUUAGAAAGAAUGAGAGAAAUAGGAUGCCAUAUAGCUACUUCAGAGAAUGUUAUUUUUAAAUUAUUAGCCGAUGCAAAACAUAAGGAAUUCAAGAAUAUCCAAAAAUUAGUGAAAAUACCAACACAGCAUACUAAUCUAGUCACUCUUGCAAAAAUGUAG